AUGCAGUCCACAAGCCUCCGCUCCGGCUUCAGGGGCUUCCCCGUAUCUCAGCGCGCAGCGGUCUAUCAGCGAUCCCAGGCUCUGCGAUUGCCUACACCCGCACCGAUCAGAGCAGGGAUGGACAUCAACAACGUACUGGACCCGGAAAAGCGCGCCGCCAGAAACGACGAACUACGACGAUAUCACCAGACCUUGCAAAUGAACAACGGGUCAGGCUAUGGCAUGAGCCAAGACUCGACCUUCCCCAACCAUCAGCAAUCAAUCCAUCAGCCUGCUGGCAUGCCCUACAAUAUGAUGGCCCCUCAUCAACACAGCCCACAACUCUAUGCCCCUAGCUACAUGGCUAGACAUGACAGUCAGAGCUCGUUCACCGACGAGAACUAUGGACAUGCUCAGCCGAAGAAGCAACCGGCUACGAAGCAAUUCCCCUGUAGUUUCGCCGACUGUAGAAAGAACUUUGCGAGGCGGAGUGAUCUGUCGAGACAUGCAGAACGCAUCCACACUGGCGUUCGGCCUCAUUCAUGCGACUGGGAGUCUUGUAACAAAUCGUUUAUCCAAAGAUCUGCCCUCACAGUCCAUAUGAGGGUUCAUACGGGCGAAAAGCCACAUCUGUGCAGUCAUUGUUCAAAGCCCUUCUCUGACUCAAGUUCCCUCGCACGGCACAGACGAAUCCAUUCGGGUAGACGCCCUUACAAGUGCGAAUAUGCAAAUUGCCAAAAGACCUUCACGAGACGGACAACUCUGACGAGACAUCAAUCUCAUCACGUUGGCAUGACUCUGGAGCAGGCCCAAGCGCAGGUUACCGCGGCUUUAACGCCUACUACGCUUCACGACUCCCCCCAGUAUUUGUCUCCGUCGGAAAGCCCUCCAGGCUACCCAAUUCAAGUCCCAAAACCAGAACCGGCUUCACCUCAUCCUGGACUGCCGCCCAUGGUCCCUGGCAUGCAACGUCAAAACUCAGACUACGGAUAUCCUCCUCAGCAUUUGCCUCUGCCCGCUCACUUGCGGGCUGACUUCCAGCAGAACGCGGGUCGGACAAGCAGCCCGCUGAAUAGUCAACCUCUUCACAACUACACGAGUGCACCGCAACCACAGAGGUCUAGCACAUCCUAUCCGACGGCAUACGGGCCGCCUCAACCAAUGGAGCCUCCAGCUAACGGCACAGCCAGCGGGGGUGCCUCUCCACACCUAGGAGCGUGGACAUCGCCUAAUCCCGGUACCCUACCACCACCGUUUGCCGUGGACAGUUCCGCUUAUCAAGAAUCUGGUUUUGGUGGUCACCAGGUCGGCUUGCCCCAGCUGGGUAAUCAUCAGCUGGGCAACCAUCAGCUAAACGGGCACCAACUCUACUUUCAUCCUGUGAACGGGAUGGGAAGACCUCAGAGCACCGAACCCAAAGACUAUGGUCUUCAACAACACCAAACUCAUAUGCCGUCCUCGUUGCCGCUCAGUCAUGACUGGCACCCAGAUACAAUGGAUACUCAGCAUCCUCGGCAGGGAAGUUAUGGCACGUGGCGCCAUAACGUCACUGGUCGGCCUCCAAACGGCGUCACUGACCACUGA